AUGGUUCUUCCUUCUCUUUGCAUGCAAGAGUUACUGAAACAAGUUCACGAAACUCAACUGUUCAAGCACAUUGAUAAGUUUCUAUCUGUUGUGGGUUACCAAGACAAUCUGCCAUAUGCUGCUGCCAAGGCUGUUUCUCAGGGAGCUCAGAUCUUAUGGGGAACUGAACUAGAUGAGUUGUGUUGCCACGAGACUUGUGUGAAAUGCAUCAAAGGUCACCAUGGUGAGGAGACAGCGACGGUAGGUUCUCUUCUGCACCUAAGAAAGGAAAGGGUUCCUCAUCAGUAG